AAUGGCAGACCACAACGAAAACUUUACCUCGGCCACAGUCCAAUCAUCUCAGACGACGAAUGCCGCAGAGCAGGACACGACCAGGGCAAAAGAAGAACCCGCACCGACUCAAGAGAAGGAAGGGCAACCGAGCCAUCCGAGCUCCUCCAGGGACACCAAGCGAGAAGCCAGCUGGCCUUCGGUUUUGUUUUACAUCCACCUCAACAUUCUUGGCGUGUACGGGAUUUUUGUUUUAUUUUCUCAUACAUCGGCGAUAACGUUUGCCUUCACACUCUUGCUCACGCUCUGUGGCAUCUUGGGCGUUACGGCUGGAGCUCACCGCUUAUGGGCCCAUAGAUCGUACGAGGCGUCGCCGUUACUGCGCUUCACGCUGAUGCUUUUCCACACCCUCGCCGGUCAGGGCUCCAUCUACGAUUGGGUGCGCAUGCAUCGGCUCCAUCACGAAAAGUUUCGCACCGUCGACGACCCGUACUACGGCGAUAAGGACUUCCUGCACGCCCAAGUCUUUGCCAACAUUCGCCAGCUGAGCGCACGGCAGGAAAAGCUCCUGGAAGCGAUCGACAUGACGGACCUAGAGGCCGAUCCUUUCGUAAUGUUCCAGAAACGGUUCUACUGGCUCCUGUACCCGGUGCUGUUCGUGCUGCUGCCCAUUAAUGCACCCCUCGAGUACUGGGGAGACACCGUACAAGCGGCCAUCUUCGUGUCCUUCUCGUUGCGCUAUCUGAUCGUGCUGAACGUGGCGUGGCUUAUCAACUCGGCCCACUUCAUUUGGGGACUGGAUAAGAACCACAAACAGUCGGACUCGAACAUGGUUUUCUUGGUAACGAAGAGCUACUGGCCCCAGUAUCACUAUCUGCUGCCGUUCGACUACCAGAGCGGCGAGUUUGGCAACUACGGUUCCGGGUGUACAACGGCUUUCAUUCGCAUCUGCGCCGCCACUGGGUUGGCCACCAAGCUGCAAACCAUGACGACCGAAGCCGUCAAACGUGGCCUCUCGAUGGCGGUGGACAGUGGAAAGCCCAUUGUGGACUGCCUGAAGCAGGCCGGAGCCGAGGACAUGUGCAACCUGCAGCGAGAACACUAUCUCCACAACGAACGACUCCACUAGUCUCAGCCUCAGCCGCUGCUAAAUGCCGCCCGCCAGGCCGGAGCAUUGGUUUCGGGCGAAUUAUUUAUUGCCAACUCUUCAGCUCUUUUUUUUUAUUGCACUCUAGCGAAAAAUCGUUGUUUCUGUGCUAAACAUUCAGUUCUCAGUGUUGCGAUUUGCGUUUCCAUGCGGAACAAAGCGUUUCGUCGUUCUAUCUGUUUCUUUUAAUUGGAUUAGAUCUGUUGAUCGUUGAUACUAAAUCGACCUUGGUGCAGAUGAGCUAAGCUAAGUGUUGUUCAACAAAUCGGGAGUUCGUUGUCAGUUGAAAUAAACCAAAAUGUGUUAAAUUU